AUGUUUUUCGUCUCAUACUGCCUAGCCUAAGUUAUUGAAGUUAAGUUCAAUUAAUAAUCAAGCUGGUCAGGUGAGUUCAAGAAUUCAACAAACAAUACCUUUAGGAUUACACCUUAGGACAAGGUCGAAUAAUUUUACUAUAUUAAAGUUGAACUAAAUAUCACAAAUCCAAAAUUUAUGUUGUUAGCUCAAAAGAAUUACCCGAUUUCAAAUCCAUUUUCGCCAAUACUAUUGGAUGGAGAAAAUAUUGAUGCAACAAAGUACAUUACCUUCACAAUAAUUUUAUAGUCAAUAUGAAAACCGUGAUUUAAGAUAUCUCAAAAUUGCAUCUAUUGAUCAACCUAUUUAUAUUACUACAUUGGGUGAAUAGGUUGAUUAUAAGAUAUCAAUUGAAAAAUCAGAGAAUCAUAACUUUUGCUAGAAUCAAUGUUCAUAUCAAGGCGAUUGUCAGGUAUCAUUACACUUAUUCUAGAAACAAGGUUGUUUUUGUCUACCCGGUUAUACAGGAAUAGAUUGUAGUCAAAAUGCCAUUCCCAUAAUAGAUAAUAUGUCACUUCAUGGAAACUAAAGUGAAUAAACAUACUUUUCAUUAUUAUAUUUACCUACAACUUCUCUUUAGGGUUAUUAAUACGCUCUAAAAUUUAAAGUAAUUUACUCCUUUUGAGUAUUAGACAAAUAACUAUGUUGGUUUAUAAAUUAUAGUCUACAAGACUUCAGCUAUCAUUAAUCCAAAGGAACAACUCUUAGCUGACCCAAAUUUAUGUGAUAUCUACUAAGUUUCUAAAAAUAAAGAAUUAGAACUACUUCUGAGAGUACCUGAUAUUCCUUAGCAAAGAAAUAGAUUAAAUUUUGCAAUUAAAACUAUUUCUGCUGAUUUUUUAUCGCAAGAUCUAGAGAUCUCUUUAAAAGAAUAUGUCGAAGAGGAAGUUACUGAAUUAUCAGACACUAUGAUAAUUAUCAUUUCGAUUGGGUGUGUUGUUUUUGUAUCCUUAAUCAUAAUGUUCUGCUGUUAUAAACAGUAUAGAAGAAAAUAAGCACAAAGUAGAAGGAUGAUGCAGAAUUAAGAACCUCUGCAUUCAGGACAUGAGAACCAUCCUAUUAUACAAGAAUAGAUCAAUCUUGACGAAGUUUGUUAAAAAAAUUGCUUAUGUAAACUUUCUUCAAAGGAAAUCAAUCCAGAGGAGUAUUGCUCUAUUUGCUUAGAACCUCUAGAUUCAACUUAAGAAGUCAGAUAAACUAGAUGCCAGUAAUUAUUAUGAAUUAUUCUUAGUCAUAAUUUUCAUAUCAAAUGCAUAAAUUUGUGGUUGGAGAAAGCGAAGCAUGAAUGUCCAAUUUGUAGAUAAUAACUUGAACUUAAACCCUAAGAUGAAAUUAUGAGAACUUGA